AUGUCCAAAACAUUCAACAUCCUCAUCCUCCCUGGCGAUGGCAUCGGGCCCGAAAUCAUGACCGAAGCCAUCAAAGUCCUCAAAGCCUUCGAAACCCCAACUACCCAAUUCACUCUCCGCAACGAGCUAAUCGGCGGAUGCAGCAUCGACGCCCACGGCAAAUCCAUCACCGACGGCGUCAAAGAAGCAGCGCUGAACUCAGACGCCGUGCUUUUCGCAGCCGUCGGUGGUCCCAAAUGGGAUCAUAUCCGGAGGGGCCUUGAUGGUCCUGAGGGGGGUUUAUUGCAGUUGCGGAAAGCGAUGGAUAUUUAUGCGAAUUUGAGGCCUUGUUCGGCAGAUUCGCCGAGUCGGUCUGUUGCGAGAGAAUUUACUCCGUUUCGAGAGGAGAUUAUCGAGGGGGUUGAUUUUGUGGUUGUUAGGGAGAAUUGUGGAGGGGCGUAUUUUGGGAGGAAAGUUGAGGAGAGUGAUUACGCAAUGGACGAAUGGGCAUACUCCGAAUCCGAAAUUCAACGUGUCACCCGUCUAGCCGCUGAAGUAGCUCUCCGCCAUGAUCCCCCAUGGCCGGUGAUCUCUCUCGACAAAGCUAAUGUCCUCGCAUCAUCGCGACUUUGGCGCCGGGUCGUCGAGAAGACCAUGACGGAGGAGUAUCCCAAUGCGAAACUGGUGCAUCAGCUGGCUGAUUCGGCAUCGCUAAUCUUGGCGACGAACCCUCGUGUCUUGAACGGUGUCAUACUCGCAGACAACACAUUUGGCGACAUGAUCUCAGACCAGGCGGGCUCUAUCGUUGGAACAUUGGGCGUGUUACCUAGCGCCAGUUUGAAUGGCUUACCGGGUAAUAAGCAAGUGGAGAGGUCGUAUGGACUGUAUGAGCCGACUCAUGGAUCUGCGCCUACAAUCGCCGGCAAAAACAUCGCCAACCCCGUCGCCAUGAUCCUCUGCGUAGCAUUGAUGUUUCGCUACUCGCUGAACAUGGAGGCAGAAGCGCAGAAAAUUGAGAAUGCGGUUCGAACGGUACUGGACUCUGGGAUCCGGACCGGGGACUUGGGAGGAAAAGCUAGUACAAGUGAGGUCGGGGAUGCGAUUGUGGCUGCUUUACAGUAG